CAUCCUCUCAUGCGACUACUAUCCGCUUUGCAGUGUCAACUGACUGCAACAGUCAUUGCCACUUCCCUUGCGCUCGCCAGCGCACCGACCGCCUACGCCAAUAUUUGGAGCGAUGGCGGGGUCGAGAGUAACCUAAACGUCGAGAAUAUUGCUCACGGAGCCGGGCUGCCGUUUGCGCUGGACUCGUUCAAUGGAUUAGAGUUUCGCGACGAGGACGACGAGGAAUCCACCGGGCUGGACCUGGUGCGGAGAUCCGUUGCCAUUACGUCUCUGGCAAACAAUAAUUUCCAGGAUUCCACUAUCAAAACUGGGGGGGUACAAUACUGGUACAUUCCGGAUGAUGUGGUGAACGGUGAUCAUGGAACCGCGGGCAAAGGACUCCCUGAUUACCUUGAUUCUAGUGGCAAUGUCGUGUCGCAUACCGCGGCGCAUGAGCUUCGAAAACGAGGGUUGUCCAAGCGCGCAUCAACAACGGUCUAUGUCUCAUUGAACACAUGCUCUAAGCCUUCCACGAACAUUACCGGUGCCGAAGGCUUGUUCCCACAGCUGAAAGUCUACUACUCGACCUCAAAGGACUUGAAAUAUCCCGGACCGGGCAAGGAUGACUCCCUUCAGAAUUUCACCACAGCGAGUGAAGGCUUUGUUGGUCUUGAAAUCGAGGCGGAGAGCGAUGUCUACAUCAGUGUCGUUGCGGACAACUCAACGUCCUACUCGGGCUCAUAUGACUACGACCUUGCCAUAUCGAUCGAUGAUUACUUCUACAACGCGGUUCCCGAGGACCCGUUCCUGUACUUUAUCGACUCGGAUCCAAACGCAGCGCUGCUGGUCACCAACAAUCUGACCCAGUCUAACUCCAGCUCCGCGAACUUUCAAGAGUGGAUGAAUCUGAAUCCUGCCCCUUAUACCCUGUAUGCCCACAACGUCAAUGACACCUCACUGAGCGGCUUGAAGUCCUCUUUUUGUGCAGUAUCGCAGCAUUCCCAGGUGAUCAGCAAUCCAAGCAACACCGGAAUGACCAGCCGCGGACUGGGCAACAAGCCCAAGGAACAGUUUUACAUUUUGGGACUCAAUCGUAGUUCGACCUAUAUAGGGAUCUUGGGCAUGGCAGGCAACGGGUCGACCUACGGAAAUAACAUUGUUGGCGGAGGUGGAAUAGUAUGGCAGCCGAUGAACUUCACCACCAAAACAGAAAAUAACUGUGCCGUCUUAUUCAACCUGACAUUCUGCUCAGAAGUCGCAUAUGCAGUCCCAUCCAAUCCCAAUCAAACAGUCGAAGACCUACGCCAGAUCUACGACAACUACACGUCGAAAUACUACAAAAAUUUCGAUUACUCCCUCCAACAAAUCCAAUGCAACGCCACGGCCGAAUCCAUGUUCUCACUAGCUGUCAACUGCACAGACUGCGCGACUCAGUACAAACAAUGGCUCUGCAGCGUCAGUAUCCCCCGCUGUGCAGAUUUCACCUCCAACGACACAUAUCUCCAAGUCCGCAACGCAGGACAAGAAUUCAUCAACGGAACUUCCUUGCCAGAAAACGAUCCCCUCCGCUGGUCCCCCCUAACGAAUCAAUCCCGGAAUCCCAUCAUCGACACAGACAUUAAACCCGGUCCGUACAAGGAGAUUCUUCCAUGUAAAGAUAUCUGCCACGAUAUGGUGAAGAGUUGUCCCGCAGCAUUGGGAUUCGGAUGUCCGACCGGGAAAUGGUUAAACGCGUCAUAUGGAUACCGCGAUCCAAACGGUGACAUCACAUGUAGUUACCUCGGCGCAGCCUAUUAUCUGAAUCUCGGCGCGAGAUUAGGUGUAUGGGGGAGUGUGUAUAUGUUGGUUGCAAUGUGGGGAGUUUGGUUGAUAUUGUAA